CUUUCUCUAUUAGUUCUUAAAUCGGAGUGGCGGCCCUUUUUCUCUGCCUCUGCCAGAUUUGUAAAUUGUACCCAUCUCGAGUCCCUUUCUCCUCUUGUCGCCGCCGGAGACCCGUGUUAAGGCCGCGUUUUGUCCGAGGUGAGGAGGAGAAGGGAGGCGGUGGAACCUAGAAUACCGUGCCCUCCUCAAGCUCAUAGUUAUUUUAACCUUGAUCACUUCUCGACGACAAAUUCGUCUCUUUCUGUUGCUCCCUGCAUACUUCGCAGUUGUUACAGAUCGGGGUCGCCUCGGACGGAGGCGGAAUUUGGUCUUCGUCCGGUGAAUAAAGCUUAACCGUGAUCUGUGUGCGUCGAUCGGCCGGUUUAUCCGUAGAGGAACGAAGGGGGCUAUGUGGAAGAGAAAGGACGGCGGGUAGUGAAGGAGUAUGGGAGUGAUUGGGCCUUCGGUUAUCAGUGAUGACGAUGUACAUUGCUCGCGAGGCUUCCAAGCUAUGGAGAAAGAUUUGCAUGGAAACGGCUGUGGAGCUUCAACUUCUUAUGGAGAAGUGGAAACUUCUACUUGCAGGACUCAUUUUCCAGUAUAUUCAUGGGCUAGCUGCACGAGGAGUUCAUUAUCUACAUCAACCUGGUCCGACUCUUCAAGAUCUUGGGUUUAUGCUCCUUCCGGAACUUGGCAAAGAACGUGGCCACCUCAGUGAAAGUCUAUUCACUUUCAUUUUCUUGUCUUUUGUAGUGUGGACUUUUCAUCCGUUUGUUUAUCAUAGCAAGCGCUUCUACACUGUUCUGCUCUGGCUAAGGGUUUUAGCUUGCCUUGCUGCUUGUCAAGCAUUAAGGAUCAUUACAUUCUAUUCUACUCAACUUCCUGGUCCUAACUAUCAUUGUCGUGAGGGGUCAAAGCUUGCCAGGCUGCCCCCACCAGAGACCAUUGCCGAAGUGCUACUGAUUAACUUUCCUCGUGGAAUUCUAUUUGGCUGUGGCGAUCUCAUAUUUUCAUCCCAUAUGAUAUUUACACUUGUUUUUGUACUUGCAUACCAUAAAUAUGGAUCUAAAAGGUUUAUGAAGUUCGUUGCUUGGGUUGUUGCUAUUAUUCAGAGUUUGCUUAUAGUUGCUUCUCGCAAACAUUACACUGUAGACGUAGUUGUUGCAUGGUAUACUGUAAAUUUAGUGGUAUUCUUCGUUGACAAGAAACUACCAGAAAUGCCUGAACGUUCUAGUGCCCAACCAUUACUACCAUUGAGUGCUAAAGCCAAAGAUGAAAAAUCCAGAGAAGAGCACCACAAACUAUUGAAUGGAAAUAUAGGGGAUACUGCUGAUCGGAGGCAGAGAUUGCAAAUGAAUGGCAAGCAUGGAGAGGAUACUAAUCACACUCAUUCCGAACCUUUAGUGAGCGGUGCUUAGAUGAUAUCUGAUAUCAAAAGCUGUCGCUGCGCGUGCAGUACAUGGAAUACCAAGUCAUUGACAUGGAAAAUAGCCUAUACUUGUUCAGAUUAAAGCCCAUUGAGAAGUUCUAAGCAGUGGCCACAUCCCAUGUGUAACUUGGGCAUGCUACUUUCUAGCUCCUUGCAUCAAGAAUGCUCAUGUGUAUUAUGUCCUUUAUCUUCAAUUCUUCAUCCUUAAGUAAAAGAAAAUAUUUGAUCUCGUGCUGAUCGUGGCAGUUGCAUUUGCUGAGGGCUGAUGUGCCAUGUGCCUGAGAUCUUGUUUCAGGAUCUCUUCUCAUUGAAAUGUGCUAACAUACUUACAAUAAUUGCAAGGAAGAUUUUGGGUCAA